ACCACUAUUUCAGUCGGACGUCUCAAGUGCUCAGUUUGUAAAUCGCUUUUCUCAAAACAAAAAUAGCUUCCUAGCUGUGCAAAAUUUGUCGUAAAGUGAAAAAAGUUUAGCGCGAAGUGAAAAUUAAAGGUUUACGAAACCCGUGGCGGUAAAAUUUUGCAAGGAAAACCUAAAUUUCUAAGCAAAAAAGUAUUUUUCGUUGUUCGUUCGUUGGUCUAGAAGCGAAAAUGAUGGAAAAAUAUAAGUCCUCUUUGUACAUCUAUAUGUAGCUGUAGUGGAUCACCGAGCUUCGACAGCAGUUGUAUGCGUGUGUUCCUUUUCUGACGCGAAAUCAGAUUGCGUUUGUUACCAAAAUAUGCUUUGAAUGUGUAUGUUUAUUAUGACUGAACGAUAGACGCCAGCCGAAGCUUGACCGUGGAGGCAACGAGAAGCAAGUGAAUAUUUACAAUUCGCUAGAAAGACGCAAGUUACUCACUGAGGAAGUGAAGAAAUCGAUUGGGUGUUGUUUUUAUAUGAAAAUACCCUGCCCUUCGCGAUAUUUCAGGCAAAGGAAGAGCCGUUAAGUGCGUGUGCGCUAAAAGUAAAACUAAACUAAACGUUAAACUGUUUAUUAUAUAAAAGUUCGUUCAACUGCUGCAGCGGUUCUGCAAAGUUACCGCCUGUCCCGAGUUGUAUUAAAUGUGCCCGCAGCGAACGCAGCAUUACAGCAGUCGCCGAUUCGCCAGUACCAAGAUAUUAAAGAAGAGACUUUGUGUGCACCCUACGACCAUGUUCAGAAUCGCCCGAGUCAACAAUAGCUUAAUAAGAGAGAGGUCGCCCAAAAUGGUCAUGUACUCAGUUCCACAGAUCUUUACCGCGUCGAGUUUGCAUCACUGUUAAGCUGAUACAUCUCCGCUGUGUGGAGUAUUUUUCUGUGUUAAAACAACACAUUAGCUUAGUUCUGUAAGCUAGAAAAAGCAUCGUUUGUUGGUGUAGAAAAUUGUUCAAAACAAACCAACUAAGCUAUUUUACACAUUGCAUAAGCUCAAAGUACACAACAUUUAAUAUUUGAUAAAAAAUCGAAAGCAUAACCAUUUCAUCUCAUCGUACAAAAUAAACAACUGAUCAAAAAUGAAGCUACUGGAAAGCACCAGCUUCGAGGCAAUCAACAAUGCACUCCACAUUCAAACCGGUGACAGUACCAUUCAUGGUCGCAUCGAGAGUUACUCCUGCAAAAUGGCAGGAAACGACAAGGCCCUGUAUAAACGUUUUACUUCAGAGCAGGCGCCAACCGAUUUGGAGGCCCUUUCGCCUCCUCAAACACUGCAGGAUCUGUCACCGCAGUUUAUGCGUAACUCACUGUCUGGAGACGAGGGGGUAACCCUCUGCGAUACCAUUUCGCGUAAAACUUUGUUCUAUCUGAUUGCAACGCUCAAUUCCGCCUUUGAGCCGGACUAUGACUUCAGCGAUGCUAAGAGCCACGAGUUCAGCAGGGAGCCUUCACUCCAGUGGGUUCUCAACUCGAUCGAGGGAAAUCUUUCGGCGGUUGCCGGUGAGCAGUACCAAAAGAUUCGCACCGCUUUGUGGUCAACCAUUGAGGAAGAAAUCUUGCUGAAUGAUUGUGACAUCUAUAGCUACAAUCCGGAUUUAAACUCGGAUCCGUUCGGAGAACCGGGCUGCUUGUGGUCAUUCAAUUAUUUCUUCUACAAUAAAAAAUUGAAGCGCAUCGUGUUCUUCACAUGUCGGGCAAUCAAUUCAGUUUACGCCGAUUCUGGAUUCACCAGCGAUUUCGCUAUGGAGGAUGAAGAAUGCUACUAGAUUGAACAGUACAACAAAUCUUCUUGACAACACUUUGCACUUUGAUCCGAUGAUCUACAUAUACAAAACCGAACCGAUGUUUGUUUAUUUUUUCAAGACAAUACCUAUUAUUACAACAAUGAUUUGAUAGGCAGAGGGAUAGCUUGUCCAAUGUAGAAUGUAUCCACAUUUAUUUAAUUUAACCUUUUCUGUUAGAAUCUUCUAACAACUAUGUUUUUGUUUUGUAGGGAUAAUUCCCCGAUUUUUUUCAUCGUAGCUAUAUUACCACCACAGAAAUUUUAAAAACCCGAUAAAGCAAUUAACCAACUUUAAAUUAACUUUAUAACAUAGCAAAGGAUUCCAUUGUAAGCAUAUUGAUUAGAAAAGAUAAAAAAAACUUUGAACAAUUUUUGUAACACCACACAGCACAGCACCGUUACGUGAAGGCAGGUGAGAGCUGCGGCGUGAGAAUUGACGUAACCGUGAGUGCGCGAUGCCGGCAAUGUGUAACCAACUGGAACAAGCGUGCUUUUUUUUUAGAUUGUUAAGGCAUCAGUAUAUAUAGGCACCUACAUUUGAUCAUUCAUCGUGAUGAUAAAUUAAGGUUGUUAUCAAUAUCGAAGUUGCACUCAAAAUAUUACAAGUAACUAACAGUAAACGUUUGAGACUGCAAUGGAGCGAAAUUUAGUUACAUGUCAAGGCUAAGUGCACACAUUAGAAGUUGCUGAUUGUAUUACUAUAAAUGAAAAAAAAAUAUAUAUAUGAAAAUCUUUUUCCAAGUCAGGCAUAAAGGGUAGAUUUCGCUUCAGCCUGCAGACGCCAGUUGGUGAGAUUGCCCCUGUUUUUGUUUGCUAACAAGUGGCUUUUCUUGUAUAAACACAUGAUCUGGACUGGGAAGUUUUGUUGGGGAUAAUGCAAAAUAAAUCACUAGAAGAUUGCAGAAAAGCUUCACCCCAGGAAUGUACUAUUUAACAAUGCUGUACUUUCUGGUGUGAAUAUUAGUUGGCAAACACUAACAGUAUUUUGGUACACUCCGUGGGAUAGGGCGGUUGAUUUGUCAUCUACCAUCGGUCAGUCGCGAUGGUAAAUCCGCGUGUGAGAACUAUUUCAUUGACUGUACUCUGUGAUAUUAGCAUGUAGGAGAAAUAGAUUUAUACUUUAUAUUCAAAUUUUUCGCUCUAAAUGUAUGUGAAUUUUCAACUUUAUAUCCUCCUAUGCCUCUAAAUACUUAGUUUGAUGAAAUAAAAACCUGAAUUGCAGUGAACUGGAAUAUUUAAAGUCAGAAAUUUCUGAUCUGAUCUGAUUAUUUAAACGUGAGAAUACCGCAUCUUGUUUAAUCAUUGUUGUCAAAGUACAAACUUCGUAUCAUGAGAAAAGUAAUGCAACAGGCUUGGUCAUUUGUUCCAGGUUCACUUUUGAAAGACCAACCAAAAUUUCUAUUUUUUGCUUUUAACCUUUUCAGCUUGUCUUCUCGAUUUAUUAAUAAUUUUAAAACGGAACAAACAGAAGUUUGUGGUUAAAAGACGAUUAUAAUAGCGAUCUCCAACAAAUAAACAAACAAACCGAUCAAAUGAGCCGCAUACAGAAACAUUCGCUCAAUAUUUGAAAUCGAAACUAAAAUAAUGGAAGAUAUAGCAAAUGAACACUCAAUCAUAACAAUUCACAAUAGCAUGAUGCGAUUACGAGUUAACCUUAGAUGCAUAACGUGCUGUUCGAACCAUGAAAGCGACAUUUACUAAUCACGAAAGUGCAAGUAAACAAAACAAAACGUCUGUCCUAUGGGAAAUGUCGACAACCUUUCUCAUUAGCACUGCUUGUUAUUAGUGAUAAGGGGACAGUUUAUCGGUACACCGAUUAACCGGCUUUCGUUUUCUAUCUGGAGUAAUAAUCUCGCUGUAGCUGGCUUAGAUAAGGUUAACUCGUGUCCUAAAGUUGCAGAGCUAUUCGAGCUCGAUCCGCUACUGCUGCUGACGGCGGCGUCAUAUUUGUUAAUUUUUGUUAGUCGAUACACAAGACACUUAACUCACGUUCGCAGUAUAACUUUUACUUUGCGAUAAGAUCUUGGCUGUUUGCAAAAAUAGUAUUUUUUCGUUAUCUUGCGAGAUUGAGGAAAAUAAUUUACGGAGACGAAGAAACGAGUAUAACGAACCGUGGUGGAAGGAAUCAUGUGCAUACUCAUUUAAAUUUAGCUUUCGUGGUUGGGAUACUUAUCUCACUUAAGUCGAAAACGAUUCAUUUCAGUUCAAUUAAGACACAUUUUAUUUUGGCCUAUGUUUAAAUCAUCUGUCAUUACUUUUCAUUGACCUAUUUAAUCAUUGUAGAAUGUACCGAUCCACCAUAGGUAUAACAUAAAACAAAAAUUAAAACAAGUUUUUUUGCGCACCCCAACCUACCGCGAUGGGUUAAUCACAACACACACAAAAAAUAAACAUUAAUGUUUUUAACAGUAGCAAUGUUGAAUGAAAACAGAACGAAAUAACUAUGUUGUUUCACAUAAUUAGCCCUCUAUCACUUAAAUAGUAUUCUAAUUACAAUAACAUUAUCUUAUAAAAACUCUAAAAAAGAAAAUAUCACAAUGGACAGGAAAACCGAAAA